AUGGCAAGAGUCAGAGCAAAAACUACAAUGAAGCGCACCCCAUUACCUGAUCAAAGAAUGGCCACUACCAAGGAACCCACCAUCAAAUCUUCCAACUCCAAGUCCACCGCCGAACCUCGCAAAUUCAAAAUGAGCGCUGCUUCUCGAAGAAUCUUCUCUAUCAGUCAACAAACAGUUGUUAGCAGACUCAAGGCACAGGUAAAGAAAGACAGCAACAAGAAAUCCACGUCCACUCGUACGACCGUCGAAUCUCUUGGAAAGAAAUCCCAAAAAGGUCGCGAGCAUCCUUGGCUUGAGCUUCCCAAGCCCGAAGAUCUCCUAUAUCAAGAUGAGAAGAAUGUGGAAUACUAUACUCAUUACUACAACUAUUACGCACCUCUUCAAGACUUAAAGAAGAAGGAGAACAUGACAUGGAACGCUAUUCUAGCUAUUCACGCAGAGCAUUUCCCCGGCAGAAAAGUCCCCCCGAGCACAAAUGCGCUUUCCGACCGCGCCUGUACUUACUAUCACAAAUUAUGUGUAAUCUUGGAGGCUGAGAAAGAGGCCGUUGCUUUAGCAGAAGAUACUGAAAAUCCUGAAUUUGUCUUUCCCGACGAAGAGGAUGACGAAGAUGAAGAUGAUGAACACAAUGAAAGGGCUCUAGAGGGCCAGGCCAAGUGA